AUGGAACAAGAAAACAUUGACAUUCCUGACGAGCUGUACCCCCUGGCUCUGCUCAUGGACGAGCUCAAACACGACGAGUUUUCGCUGCGAAUCUCUGCUAUGAAAAAACUGCAGCUCAUCGCCGCAGCCCUACGCCAAGAGCGAUGCCGUGACGAACUCAUCCCCUUUCUGGAGGAUGUCACACAGGAGGACGAGGACGAGGUCCUGACCGUGCUGGCUGAGGAGCUCGCCAACCUGGUUCCCUACAUCGGAGGCCCCGAGUACUCGCACCUGCUGAUCCCCUCUCUAGAGACCCUGUCUUGCAUGGAGGAGCCUGUUGUUCGGGACAAGGCCGUGGAGUCCAUCAACCGAAUCUGUGAGGGAUUGCCGUCACGUGAUCACGUGGCCCAGACCAUCCUGCCUCUGGUGAAACGGCUUUCUUCUGCAGAGUGGUUUUCCUCCAAGGUCUCUGCCACCGGUCUCUAUGCUGCUGCCAUUCGACACUGUCCUACCGAGGCUGUUCCCGAGCUUCUCAAGCAGUAUGGAGAGCUCACACGAGAUGACACCCCCAUGGUCCGUCGAGCUGCCGCCACCCACUUGCCUGCAGUGAUUGAGGCUUUGCCCGCGGAAGCUGAUUCUCCUGAGGCCGACGACGAAAUCUACUCCAUGUUCAAGGCACAGGUGGGCGACGACCAGGACAGCGUGCGACUGCUGUCGGUCAACGUGCUGAUUGCCAAGGCCGAGAAGCUCAAGCGACAGGGCAACUCGCAGCACACGUCUUCGCUGAUCGAGUUUGCUCUCGCACUGCUCCAUGACCCCUCGUGGCGGGUGCGAUACAUGUGCGCCGACCGGUUCGAGAAGCUAGCCGAGUCGCUCACCUCAGUGGUGCCUGAGGAGGGCGUGGAGAAGACGGAGGUGGACGAGAUGGAGCGAGCUUUUGUGCCCGAGUUCAUCAAGUUCAUGCAGGACGGCGAGGCUGAGGUCCGGACAGCGGUGGCCAAGCAGGUGCCUGGCUUCUGCCGGCUCGUUACCCCCGCCAACCUCGACAAGAUUGUUGCCAACGUCGAGGAACUAUCUCAGGACUCGUCCCAGCACGUGCGGGCUGCUCUGGGCUCCGAGAUCUCGGCCCUGGCACCGCUGCUCGGCAAGGAGAAGACAAUUGAGACUCUGCUGCCUACAUUUCUGCAGAUGCUCAAGGAUGACUUCCCCGAUGUGCGGCUCAACAUUAUUUCCAAGCUUCAUCUGGUCAACAAGGUGAUUGGUAUUGAUCUACUGAGCCAGAGUCUGCUUCCUGCAGUCUCGGAUCUCGCGCAGGACAAGCAGUGGCGAGUGCGCCUGGCCAUCAUCGAGUACAUCCCUCUGCUGGCCACACAGCUGGGCGUCUCCUUCUUCGACAAGGAGCUGGGUCCCCUGUGCAUGACCUGGCUGUGGGACAGCGUCUACUCGAUUCGAGAGGCCGCCACACAGAACCUCAAGAAGCUGACCAAGGUGUUUGGUGUGGACUGGGCCAAGGACGAGAUUCUGCCCCACAUUAUCGUCGUUGCUGCGGAUUCCAACUACCUGUACCGACUCACGGCCCUCUGUGCCGUGACCACACUCAUCCCCGUGGUGGACGAGUCGAUGAUCAAGACAUCCAUUCUGCCGUUCAUUGCCGAGCUCAUCAACGACCCCAUCCCCAACAUCCGUUUCAAUGUGGCCAAGACGUACACAGAGUUGGUGCGGGCUCUGCACGAGGAGAAGAUCAGCUCGCCUGAGGUGAUUGAGGAGAUUUGCACAUCGACCGUGAUCCCCCACCUGGAGCGGCUUUCCACCGACGGCGAUGUGGACGUGCGCUACUUUUCCACCAAGGCUCUGGAGGACAUUGCCGAAAUCAAGAAGGCUCACGCAUAG